UGAUAUAACACUCUGAUAUGAGAUAUUUCCCACAGGCCGUGAAGGCAGCGUGAGGUUCUGGGCUGGACAGGAAACGACGGAGCCGCGCAGCGUGUCUCCUCCAGCAGCAGCUCCGGGAGAGAAGAAUGGGAAAAGGGGACAGGGUUGUGUAUGUAGACGAGGCAGCGUGAGAACAUGAGGAUAACGGGAAGCCUUUAGCUCAUUUCUUAUUUUAAUUAGACACUUAAACACAUCAUAUCAGGAGCGUUUCUUCUUCUCCUCCCUGAGGGCUGGGAUAUUUGCUCCCAUUGGAGAACACUGGAGAGGAGAGGAGCCUCUUUGUGAAGCCUUUUUGACUAGGAUAAAAGCCCCGUUGCAGAGUGGAGUGGAGUAGUUUCGUCUGACCUUUUAACCUCAGCAGGAAGGAGAGAAAGCCACUUCAGAGAUGGAGCAGGUGUCAGAUGACGAGUUGGACCACGGAGCCGAGGAGGACAGCGAUAAGGAGGACCAGGACCUGGACAAGAUGUUCGGGGCUUGGCUGGGCGAGCUGGACAAGCUGACACAGAGUCUGGAUGAUGGCAGGCCUCAGAAGACGCUGCAGAAGCCUCCUCUAAGGCAGGAGACAAACAUGGCCAACUUCUCCUACCGCUUCUCGAUGUAUAACAUAAACGAGGCGUUGAACCAGGGCGACACAGUGGACCUGGAUGCCCUGAUGGCCGACCUGUGCUCCAUCGAGCAGGAGCUCAACACCAUCUCCAAACCAAACUCUGCUUCUCGCGGCCAGAACAAAGGCCAGCAGCGAGCCCCUGGAGGGCGGAGUGCCAGCACCAAGCACACUGGAGGGGGAAGCAGCGGAGGAAGCACCAGUAGCAGCACCCGGGCAUCGCCGGCCAACACAGUACGAGGCGGCAGCGUCAACGCCCGCCCCACAGCCUCCAACAUCUCCCUCGAUGACAUCACCUCCCAGCUUGAGAAGGCCUCUCUCAGCAUGGACGAAGCGGCACGUCAGACCUCUUCCUCCUCAUCCUCCUCCUCCUCUUCUUUCUCCUCCACCACGCUGCGCAGGCCCUCCUCGGGGUCGUCCGGCGGCGGGCAGCACAGGAGGACGGGUUCAGUGGGAGCGGUCAGCGAGCAGGAGGCCGCGUCCCAGCGGUCCAGUGUAAAUUCAGCGUGUGCCUCAGCGUCCAGCAUGGACUCCCUGGACAUUGAUAAAGUGAUGACGGGCGCAGAGGUGGACAGCCAGAGCAGCCCGAGCGCACAGGGACAGAACCAGACCAGCACAGAGCAUGUCACAAUGCGACGGGCCAGACGGCAGCUUGACUUCACCUCACAAGAGGGUGAAGUGGAUCGGGCCACUCACUCCUAUCUGGACCGAGAAACCUCGCUCAUUCUGAAAAGCAUAGCAGGAAAGCCUUCUCACCUCCUGACCAAGGAGGAGCAAGCUGCCAAAUUGAAGGCAGAGAAGAUCCGAGUCGCCCUGGAAAAAAUCAAGGAGGCGCAGGUCAAGAAGCUGGUGAUCAGGGUCCACAUGUCGGACGAGAGCUCCAAGACCAUGAUGGUGGACGAGCGGCAGACGGUCAGGCAGGUGCUGGACAGCCUGCUGGACAAGUCACACUGUGGCUACAGCCCUGACUGGUCUCUGGUGGAGACCAUCACGGAGCUGCAGAUGGAGCGCAUCUUUGAGGAUCACGAGAACCUGGUGGAGAAUCUAUUAAACUGGACCCGGGACAGCCACAACAAGCUCAUGUUCAUCGAACGCAUCGAGAAAUACGCACUCUUCAAGAACCCUCAGAACUAUUUGCUGGGGCGGAAGGAGACGUCAGAAAUGGCCGACAGGAACAAAGAGGCUUUAUUAGAGGAGUGUUUCUGCGGCGGCUCGGUGUCAGUGCCGGAGAUCGAGGGCAUCCUGUGGCUGAAGGAGGACGGGAAGAAGUCAUGGAAGAAGCGCUACUUCCUCCUCAGAGCUUCAGGGAUAUACUACGUCCCCAAAGGCAAAGCCAAGGCGUCCAGAGAUCUCGUGUGCUUCCUGCAGUUGGACCACGUGAACGUGUACUAUGGCCAGGACUACCGCAGCAAAUACAAGGCUCCUACUGACUACUGCCUGGCCCUGAAGCAUCCACAAAUCCAGAAGAAGUCCCAAUACAUCAAGUAUCUGUGCUGCGAUGAUGUCAGGACUCUGCACCAAUGGGUGAAUGGAAUUCGCAUCGCCAAGUACGGCAAGCAACUAUACGUGAACUACCAGGAAGCCAUGAAGAGGACAGAGGCGGCCUACGAUUGGUCCUCUCUCUCUACCUCCAGCAUCCGAUCUGGCUCCAGCUCCGCCAGCAUACCUGAGUCCCAGUCGAAUCACUCAGGCCAUUCAGACAGUGGAGUUGACACAGGCUCUUCUCACGGUCGGUCCCAGAGUGUGGUGAGCUCCAUCUUUUCUGAGGCCUGGAAGAGAGGCACCCAGAUUGAGGAAAGCUCCAAGCAUAUGAGAAUGGAGGCAUCCAGAGGAGCCACGCUGCCGCAUUCCUCCCACAGUCACCGCCAUCACAGCCAGCAUUCAGUCGAUCACUCUGCCCUGACGCCCCCUCCCCAACCGCAGCCCCAACCCCACCAACAGCACCCCCCACAGCCUCAGCACCCACCAGUGCCCCCCCAGACGCCAACCCAGCCACACCACCAGCACCCGCCUCCCCAGCAGCAGUCUCCUCAGCAGCCCCCUCAGCCCCCGCCCCAGUAUCCUCAGCGCCCUCAGCAGUCGCCACAGUCUCCGCAGCAGCCACUACCACCGCAGACCAUCAGCACCUGCAACCACAUGCCCCCAGAGCAGCAACAGCUGGCUCCUCCGCCCCCACCUCCCCCUCCGCCGCCUCCCCCUCCGCCCCCACCCCCAGUCCAAAUGGUGUCACACCACUCACCGGCCCCCACCAUGUACAAGUACAGCACCAUCACCAGGCUGCAGAACCAGAAGGCGUCCCAGUCGGCCAACCACCACAGGUUGCCCAGUCACAUCCACGCACUAGGUCAGCAAGUUCUGCCCACAGGUCCGGCACCGCCUGCACAGGCGCCCGUUAAACCCAAUGUGAAUCACAUUGCGGCAAGGACUAAUGUCCCGCCUCCCCCUCCACCCCCUCCCCCGCCUCCACCAUCCAUGCCCACCCCUGGGUCAGCCAUGGCUGUGUUGAAGCUGGGACCUCCCAGCCCAGCGGCCCCACCUGCCUUCAUUCCUCCACCGCCAGCUCCUCCACCGGCUCCACAGACCAAUGGCGUAACAUUUCCUCCCCCUCCUUCUCCUCCACCACCCCCUCCUGCACCAGCUCCCAUGAGCCAGCCUGUGUACUCCUACGGGCUGAAGCAGGCGCUGAAGGAAAGGUUCCCCAGCCCGCCACGCGACCUCCUUUCUCCCAAUGGUGGCCUUGAGGAGUCCCCUCCGCCUGCCCCCGCUCCACCACCCCCACCUCCUCCUCCUCCACCUCCACCACCACCUCCUCCUCCUCCCCAGCAGUUCCCAGUGCCAGCCCAGUUCCCACCUCCUCCUGCGCCACCACCAGCGCCGCCCAAAACCUUCACCCCAGGCUUCCUCCCUCAAACUGCCCCCAAACCUGUGUCACCUGUCUCCCCAUUUCCUCCCGCCCCACCUCCUGCUGCCCUUGGUGGCCCGACCCCGCCACCACCUCCACCUCCUCCUCCACCUGCACCAUUUAAGAAGCAGUUCAGUCUCCAGGUCGGCCACACCUCCGGCCAUCCUCCUCCGACUCUCCCCAAGCAGCACAGCCUGUCUAAGCAAACGUCCGUCUCCACGGGAGCAGCUCCCACCAUGUCACUGGUGAAACAACUAGCGAGUCAGUUUCCAGGAGCGUCAUCCCAAGUAGCCAAUCACACAGAGAGCCCCAAAGCCCCCCUCUCCCCACCCGCAGUCAAGACCAAACCAAAAUGGCAGCCUGGUGGUGGCCAGCAGCUGCAGUCUCCAGAGUUCCCUCCUCCUCCUCCUGACAACAACGCUGGCUUCCCUGCCCCUCCUCCUCCACCUCCUCCUCCACCACCUCCACCAGCUCCUGUCACAGGCCCGACUCCACCCCCUCCUCCCCUUCCUCCUGGAAACCUGGGAUCCCCCUUAAAGAGGUCACCCUCUGGCUCCUCCAAUUUUGGAGGCAAGAAACCGCCUCCCACCCCACAGAGGAACUCCAGCAUCAAGUUCAAUUCCUCAGCAUCGUAUGAAGAAUCCAGGAGGAACUUGCUCAGCAAGUUUGGUUCCCAGAACAACGCCCCUUCUUCCUCUUCGUGUCCCACCUCCUCCUCAACUGGAUCCCCUUCUAAGGAUUCAUCAAACGGACCCCCUGCUCCCCCGAAACCAGGCAAACUCAACCUGUCCAACCUGCCCCUGGCACUCCAGGCCAAAGUGAGCCAGGUAAAAAUCAGUGGUGACUUCCCUUCCCCACCACCUGAGUGCGCCUACUUUCCACCUCCUCCCCCGCCCUCUGAGCUCUUCCCCCCUCCUCCACCUCCUGGUGGUGACACCCAAAGCGUGGGACCUCCUAGAGUAGCUGUGGUCAACCCCCAGCCCCAGGCUCCCCCUCCACCUCCACCUGUCCCCCCUGUCAGCAUGUCAUCAUGGGGGAAGAGCUCACUGAAAAAGACUCCUCCACCCACACUGGUGCGGCGUAGCAACACCACCCCGGAGCCCCCUCCGAUAUCCCCACCUCCUCCCACCUCCCCAAAGGGCAGCUCAGGCCAGCCCAACUUCCUGGCAGAUCUCAACCGGACACUGAAGCGAAAGUCAGUGGGUCGCCAAGGUUCCCUGAACUCGACCGGCAUCACAGGCAAGUUGGACCCCGCGGGAACUAUGGACGACAUGGCGCUGCCUCCGCCACCCCCCGAGCUGCUCCUGGACCAAGGAAAGCAAAGCAACGGAGGGAAUGGCGCCUACAUGUCCGGAAACAUCUCAGGCUAUGCAACACUACGACGAGGACCCCCGCCUGCACCACCCAAACGGGGGGACGCCACCAAACUUACUGGAGAGUGUUGAACUCGGACAUCAGGACAUUAUAAAGAUGGAUGAAUAGACAGUGAACGAAUAUAUGGAAGUUAACAUUCAGUAGUGGAACGGGAGUGAACUCCUUCUGUCCUCUUGAUGACUGUGUAAAUACUACAACCCAAACCAGACCAUGGUCAAUUAGUGUUUGCUAAUUAUCGCAGUUUUUUAACGUGCUCGGCAUUCUGGAUCAGUGGGAUUUAUAAUACAGGGACAACUCAGACCGGCGCAGGGAAGUUUGAGGUCAUAGCAAGAAAACGGUCUUCGAAUUUUCUGCGAUUGUCUCUGGAAGACAUUGUCUCGCCCUGUAUGGUAAACCCCACCCAUCUGGUGCACCAAGCAGAUUGACAUAAAUAAGAACUGUGCAAAUAUUACUGGAUCCAGGUCUGAGCCAAACCAUGUUAACCGCUUCUUUGCCAUAAGUUUGUGCCACGUACUGGAGACAAAACAUCAGGAUCUUUCUGCUUUGGUACUGCAUGGACUUCAUGUGAGAACGAGCUGUAGAACAUGAAGCUGUUCUGGUGUGUGUGCAUGAGCGAGAGAGAGAUUGGGUACAUGCAUCGUGUGCACGCAUGUAUGAUUAUACGGUGGUGAAGUAGUUCAGCGUUAGAGAAGGCCUUCGUGGAGCGGGGACUGUUAGGUUUGCUUUUAUAUGAAAUUAUUUAAUGAUCGAUAAAUGGAAGGAUUUUUUUUUUUUUUUAUAAGUGUGUCUUUUGAUAGCUGGUCAACAAAGUCUAGAGAGGAACAAAACUUUUGGGCACAAUGGAAUGUAUAUGGGAAGGUGUAAUUUUAAAGAAGUCACACAUGAAGGCAAUUCAGUUUUCAAAUCGUACACAUUUUUCGACUGUUUUGGGCAAAUGCAAAUCAGAAGGAAGCCUUAUCCCCAAAGUCUUGCACAGAGGUCAAAGUAUAGAGAUUUCUUCCAAAGGUUCAGCGGAGUCUGGACUGUGCAACUGGAAAACUUUUAUUUCAAGGACUACAAAUGGAGGCCUGCGAUGGUGCGUCUUCGUGGACUGUGCGAGCUCCCCGUGCGUUGGCUUGAUUCUUGGACCUUAUCCUUCAGUUUGUAUCUGUACAGUUGCAACUGCUACUCCGUUACUGUCGGUCCCCGCCGCCUUCCAAUGUCACAUCACAAUUCAGGUCGUAGAAUGUACAGGUUCAGUCAUGUAAAGUAUACUUACCCACGCAGAAAAGAAACAUGUGUCUGGUUGAUGUACAGAGCGUUGAAUCAUGUAACAGAACUCAUGUGACUGAAUGUUGCUUUCAACUUCCUGUGUCUGUUGUUCCUCGUUUCGUCAUGGUGCCGUCGGUGCACAGGGACUGAAGGUCAUCUCUUGAUUUUGCACCUACAAAGUGGAUCAUGAAGGGUUUUAAUUUCUCGCAGCAAUGCCUUCAUUUUUAUGGUGCUAGUGCUGUCCUUCAAGGAACUCAUCAUCAACACGUCCUCAUGUGCCAGGAUGACAUAUCAUUGAGAUUUCAAACCGUUUCAACUGGUUUUAAAUUGGCUUCAGUGUGGAAAUGCGUCCUCUCAACAUGAACACGGCCGUUUCCACACGAGCCCCCAUGAUUUUCUUUUGUCUUACUCGAUCGCCAUUUGACGGCAGCGUACCGUUUCUAAUAACUGAAUAUCAUCGUCUUGAACAGGAUGUUUGCUACAGUACAGUAUGUAAGUUAUUGAUGUGCUGAUGUGAACAUGUGGGGCCAAGUGACAUGAAGAAAAAUGGUUGCAGAUGUGUCCUCUUGCAUAUAAACUGAAAAAUCACAAUAUAAAUGUUGAAACCAGA